AUGGGGUUGAAUGAAGGUUCUGCUGCUUCCGUAGCAGCAGCAGCAGCAAUAGGAAACUCACUGCAGCAGCAGCAGCAGCAAGAGCAGCAGCAGCAGCAGCCGAAGCGGCAACAGCUACAGCUGCAGCUGCAGCAGCUGCAGCUGCAGCAGCUGCAGCUGCAGCAGCAGGAAGAUGAAGGCCCUUGUGUGUCUUCGUUUGGCUCUUGGAGCAGCAGCCGAAUCUACAGCAGCAGCAGCAGCAGCAGCAGCAGCACCAACUUCGACGGCAGCAGCAGCAAAAGCAGCAGCAGCAGGCUGUGGCUAUGUUCCGGUGCAGUGGGGUUGCUGGUGGUUGCUGCUGGAUUUGCUGUUUGCGUAGCAGCAGCAGCGCUGCACCCGCUGCAGCAAGAGUUUAAUCUCUGUGCUGGGAGGUUUGCAUGCGCAGCAAAGGGGGCCUUUGUUGCUGUCGUAGCUCCUGGAGCAGCAUUAGGGAGUCUACUUGGAGGGUUUAUAGCAGAUCGCAUUGGCCGCUGGCGGUCUCUGCUUUUAAGCUCUAUUCUUUUUCUUUUUUCUACAGGCAUCAUUGUCUUCUCUCCGAGAUACUAUCUGGUGCUGCUGGGCCGCGCUCUUCAAGGGGUGUUUAUGGCGGUGGGGUUGGUGGUUUGUUUUACUUUUGCUGCUGAGAUCGCGCCGGCUAAGCUCCGUGGUUCUUUUGUAGCUCUGCAGGAGGUGCUGCAGUGUACAGGUUGUUUCUUGCCUUAUCUUGUGGCCUGGGCCUUUCCUACUUUGAGCUGGAGAGGGCUCGUGGGCAUUGCGUCUUUCUUCAUCACUCUAAUGCUAUGUUGUUUGCCGCUGCUGCCUGAGAGCCCACGUUAUUUGCUGCUGCGGCGGAAGACAGCAGCAGCAGAGCGAGCAAUGAUGCGGCUUGGGUAUACUGAGCAGCAGAGGCAGCAGCUGCUGCAGAGUGUGCACCAGCAGCAGCAGCAGCAGCAAGAGGAGGAGGAACAGCAGCAGCAGCAGCAGUCGGAUAUAUCCGACUUGCAAACUGUGUGCAGUGAGGACAGCUCAGCAGCAGCAGCAACAACAACAACAGCAACAAAACCAGCAGCAGCAGCAUCACGAACAGCAACAGCAGCAGCAAAAGCACUCCAGCGCAGCAAACGCCGCAGCGUGCUGCUGUCGCUGCUGCUAGCUGGGGGUAUAGGGUGUAUGCACAGCCUAUUAGCAGCAAACAGCUUAGUAGUUUUAAUCUCAGAUGUUCUUCUUAUAUUUGGGGUUUGCGACAAUAGAGGCCCUGCCGUUGUUAUCAGCCUCGCCAAGCUGAUGGGGGCCUUGACUUGUUUAUUAUUUGCGGACUCCGUGGGUCGCCGCGUUUUGCUGCUGCUGGGCUCUGGAUUAAUCUGUGCUACUCAUAUAUGCCUCGCCGUUUUGGGGUUCAUACGGAGGCAGGUGCUUCCUGAGGGUUUGCUGCUGCAGUGCACAGCACCCUCUGCUGCUGCAGCUGAUGCUGCUGCUGCUGCUGCUGCCUAUACACCUGAGCAGCUGUUUGUUAAUGCAGCAACCAGCACUUGCAGCGGCGUGCUGCUGAUGAUGAUGAUAUUUCUUUGGGGGGCUUCAUGGGCCUGCAUAUCCACCGUUGUUGCUGCCGAGCUAUCUCCUCCUCGCCACCGCGCAUUGGGUGUAGGUCUUGCGAGUGCCUUCGGCUGGGGUAUUUCUGUUUUUUUUCAACUGUAUGGCGAACCUCUUCUCGUCUAUCUCGGAGUAGACA